GAGAGUGCGCGUGCUGCGGCUCGUACUGACUAGUAGCGACAAACGUAACAAAUAUUACGGCAAAUGAAAUACUUUGGUGUACGGCAGAGGUGCAGAGUUUGCUGGAAAUUUUGACGGACUACAGUAUCCAGGAACAACUAGAUGCAAAACACAAGAAGUCCGAGAUAUUUGUUAAAAUACGGGGCUACCUUCUUAUAUGUGCAGCACGAUUCAAUUGUAUUCGCUUAGUUGCUUACUGGAUAAAUCUAUGAGGGCUGUGUGUCAAUGCACGCAAGACAACCCCAGAUAAAUCGCAAAAUAAGGACAAUCAUGAGCUCCGAUAUUCUGUGCAGUAGUGCUGUUCUUCAACACAAAAGACAACGCAUGAAACAGAAAAGCACAACACAGAAAGUAGCACGGUGAUAACGAAAGCGUGUUCAGGCCUGAAACUUUAAGUGCAAUGUGUGCGCUGAUCUGAGAGGCAGUCAUACUAAGCCACAAAAAUAGCUGUGAGUCACAUGAAUGACACAGGAAACCAAGCAAACUGACUUAAAUUUUUUAAAUAUUCCCCCUGCACUUGCAUGUUUGCCCCAUGUCGGUGUGGGGUUUCCUCUGGGUUCUCCUGUUUCACCCCACAGUCCAAAAACAUGCUGAGUGUCCACUCCCCCUUCACUCUGCCUGCUGUGUGUGAGAAUAGAAACGACAGAGACAGUGAAGGUACAGAGGAUGAGGAAGUGAGUGUCAGUCUCCACAGAUCUGGGCUCAGUGACACACACACGUAUGGAUCCUCUGAUGCUCCUGUUUCUUCUCAUUGCUGGGCUCACAGGUGCUGACAGUGUGUCCACAGUUGGAUGGGUGACUGUACAGAGAGGAGGAUCUGUCACCAUCCCAUGUUUCUGUGAUGACAGAUAUAAAACUCAUGUGAAAUACUGGUGCAGAGGGUUUAAUGUAAGUUCAUGUACACCCAUAGUACACACUGACUCUCCACAGGAGGGUAAAGUGUCAGUCAGAGAUGAUCCUGACCAGCGAGUCUUCACUGUGACCAUCAACAAUCUGACAGCUGAGGACUCUGAUAGGUACUGGUGUGGUGUGAAGCAUAGUGGAGCCUCAGAUGUUGGAGAUCGGGUUAACCUGUCAGUCAUUGAUGGUCCUCCAGGGCUGUCAGUGGAGAAACAGGAGGUGACGGGUGUGGAUGGAGACAGUGUCAGUGUUCAGUGUUACUAUGGAAACAACAGAAGACAUAGGAUGUGGUGUAAGAUUGGGGGCUGCUGUGCAUCAGAGAGAUCAGUGAGUUUGGAUGGGAGGCCUGUCCUGAUCAGGGAUGACACAGUAAAUAAAGUCUUCAGUGUGACAAUGAGUGGGCUGGAGAGGAAGGACACUGGCUGGUAUUGGUGUGCUGCUGGAAUCCUGCAGAUCCCAGUUCAUAUUACUGUUAAACGUAAGUAAUUCAUUUAAAUCUGCAUGUGAAUCAUUUAUGCUUGAAUAUAAAUAGAUAAAAACUAAUUAACCCUACAGUUUCCUUCAUGAAGGGGGUCUGUGUUUCUUUGUGGGGAUAGUCCCCUAUUUUCAGAUAUUGUGAAAUAAGGUAAUUUAUUGGGAUUAUAGUUUCUAUGCUAGUGGCACGGUGGUCCAGUAGGCGGCGCUGUUACUUAACACCUCCAUGUUUAGGGGUUUGAAUCUGGCUUCUGCUCUGUGUGUGUGGAGUUUGCAUGUUCUCCAUGUGCUGUGUGGGUUUCCUCCCGCAGUCCAAAGACAUGAAGUCAGGCUAAAUGGCGUCUCUAAUAGAGAGUGUGUGUCUAUGUACCCUAUGACUGACUGGCAUCCUGUCCAGGAUGUACUCCAUCCCUGUGCCCUGUCCUACCUGGGAUAGGCUCCAGGCCCCACAUCCCUGACCAGGAGAAAGGGGUGGAAGAUAGAUGGGUGGAUGGCUGUAGUUUUAUGUGUCUAUGAAUGUAUUGGAAUAUUGACUUACACAUCAGCCUUAAUUCUUAGAGAGACAUCCUGUAAUUCAGCUCUGAUAACCUCAUCAGAUACUAAUACUGUCAUGACCUGCUUGUCGGCUCCUCACGUGUGCCACGCCCCCUGCUUACCCACGUGUUCUUUCCCGAUCGUACCCAGCUGUGUCUGAUUAUUUUCAAUCAGUCCUGUGUAUUUCAGUCCGUGUCUUACCUGAGUCCUUUGUCUGUCAUUGUUGUUAGCUGUAGUAUUGGUGAUGGUUUCCUGUCUGUCUCUAGUCGCUAGUCCUAGUUUCCCCCAAUAAACCCCCGUUUUGCCCCGAUACCUGCCUGUUUGCCUGCUUCGUACCAGCUAACCCGCACGAUCACCUGCCUGCACCACCCCGAUCGUGACAGAAUGACAGACCGUAAGAAAAGGAGGAAGCAGAGGAGAAGGAAGCACCUGGAGGAGCCGAUCAGUCUGGGCGCCUGCUCCCUCGCCAACCCCUGGCCUCUCGCGGAGGGCGAGAGAGAGGAGCUCGUCCUGGGCUCUGACCCAGAACCGCUCUAUCUGGGAGCCUACUCCCUAGCGAGGCUCUGGGCUCCCAGCGACGACGAGGAGGAUGAGCCCUUUACGUUCCCUGUGCUGGAGCCUAUCCCCCCAGAGCAGCUACCGCCCCUGGACCGGUACAGUUACCGGCCCGAACGACUGGCAAAUUGGGGAGGUUUUAGGGCUGUAAGGGACUCGAUCCCCCGAGUGCCCCGGGUCCCGAAGAGGAUCGCACCCGUCUCCCCCUCCCAGGACUUGCCAGUUCUGCCUGCGCUGUCAGCGCAGCUCCCGCCUCUGCAACCUGCGCAGCCGGAGCAGCCAUCACCGCUGUCCGCUACGUCUGCGCAGCUUCCUCCACCUGCGGCUUGCGAGUCCGAGCAGCCGCCGCUGCCUGCGGACACCGAUCCCGUGCAGCCGCCGCUGCCUGCGGAGACCACGCCCCCGCCCGAGGCGCCCUCUCUGCCGCUCCUACAGCCUGCAGCUCCCGGGCAGGCACCCCCCCUGCAGCAACCUGCAGCUCCCGGGCAGGCGCCCCCCCUGCAGCAACCUGCAGCUUCCGGGCAGGCGCCCCUUCCACUGCCUGCCCUAGUGACUUUGCCCCCAGUGACUGCUCUGUCCUCGCCCCGUCAUCCUCGACCCCGAUCGAGGGCCGUUUUGUCUGUGUCCCGCAAGGGAAGGGGACACAGACGUCGGACUGGGGUCCCACCCGCCCUGCCCCCUGGCUCGCCCUCCCUCGCCUGCACUAGGGCUCGGUUGGCGCCUGCGGGUCCUGGCCCUCUGGGUCGGCUGUCGCCUGCGGGUCCCCCUCCGCGGCCUCGUCGCCCUGCCUCGCUCCCACCUCCGGUGCCUGGUCGGUCGCCUGCGGGCUCCCCGACGGCGGCUCCGCUGUCGCCUGCUGGUCCACCCGCUCCUGUGCCUCCUCUGCCCCUCCGGGGUCCCCUCCGGCUCCGGCCUCCCGGCCCGCUGCGGCCCCUCCGGCCGCCUCCCAUCGCCCGCUGGGGCUCCCUCGGGCUUUCCCCUGUUCCCCCGCCUUCUCUCCCUUCUUCCCUGCCUCUGUCCCUCCUUCCUUUUGUUCCUCCUGUUCCCGCUAUGUCCCCUUUCCUGCUUUGUCUUUCUGCCUUCCCUGUCCUUUGUCAGCUCCUGUCUCGCAUCCUGUCGCUUGCCCUGUUUUGUGCAUCGGUCCUGUUUCCCGUCUCUCGUUGAUGGUUCUGUUUCUGUU